UGUGUAGCCUCGACAAACUGUAGACACCAUUAGUGUGGGUUACAACUGGAAGUAAGGCGAAAGAAAACUCUUUAUUCAUAACUUUUUACUUUUGCUUUAGGAAAUGUCAUGUCAAUGUUAAAUUAUUUAAUGUUUUAUCUAAGGUGACCUUGCUUAUUUUUUUUUUAAUCAUUAUUAAGUUAACGUUAUCUUAAAAACAAAGACCACAUCGGGUGGUUCUGGUUUUAUGCACCACUACGUUAGAAUUAACGGCUAACGUUGACUGUAUCUUUAAGUUACCAGGUUUACCGUUACCGUUAUUCCUGGAUGGGCUGUGUUUUCGUUUCCUGCGACUCAUAAAUAGGCUCAUCAUUCUCCGGAGAGUCCGGCAUCCUCCGCCGGCGUGGUCGCGUAUGAACCGUGUCGAGACAGCGACGAAGGGUCGUGUGCUCUGCCACCAGAGCCGGGCUUCAGGAUGAGGAUGCCCAGAGGAGGACGCCUGCUCCUGGCGACGUGCCUCGGCUCGCUCUUCGUUCUCGUGCUUUACUUUCAGACCAUCACCAAGCCAGAACCUGGUGUGAAGACUGGCAGCAGACCAGGGAAAAGCAGGAGAAGUCCGCUGCAGACCCUCUACAAUGGAGACCAGCUGGAGCUGUUGGCAGCUCAGAGGUCCCUCCAAAGCCGUAGGGAGCUGUUGGAGCAGGCGUGUCUGAGCCACACAAGGAAGCGCCGGGUGCUCUCGUCGGGAGACCUCAAACACCUCAUUGUGGAUGAUAAACACAGCCUUAUUUACUGCUAUGUACCCAAGGUAGCCUGCACAAAUUGGAAGCGUGUCCUUAUGGUCCUCACUAGUGAUGGGCGCUACACUGACCCUCUUGCCAUCCCUGCCAACGAGGCACACGUAGCUGGUAACCUCCGCACACUUUCCGAGUUCUCAGUCCCUGAGAUCAACCAGCGCCUUCGCAGCUACCUCAAGUUCAUCUUCGUGCGGGAGCCCUUUGAGCGUCUGGUGUCCGCCUACCGGAACAAGUUCACACGUCGCUACAACACCGCUUUCCACAAGCGCUACGGAACCAAGAUCAUCCGUCGGCACCGGUUAAACCCGCAGCCGGAAGCGCUGGAGAAAGGGAAUAACGUUUCUUUCCACGAGUUUGUCCAGUACCUCGUGGAUCCGCGGACCCAACGGGAGGAACCUUUGAAUGAGCACUGGGAACGGGUGCACUCCCUCUGCCACCCCUGUCUGAUCCACUAUGAUAUAGUGGGGAAGUACGAGACUCUGGAGCCAGAUGCUCAGGCUGUGCUCAGGUUGGCCGGAGUAGAGGGGACACUUAAAUUUCCAACGUCUGGUAAGAGCACCAGGACUGAUGGGAACAUGGCAGCAAGCUUCUUUAAGCAAAUCAGUCCUUUUUACCAGAAGAAACUGUUCAACCUGUAUCGAAUGGACUUCCUGCUCUUCAACUACUCCACACCAGAGUAUCUCAGGACUCGAUGAGGGGCAGAGAAAAGAGGACUGAUGUCAGUGCCACGGAUGGAUUGGUUGUGAUAGUUUUCCUUUCACAUCCCAUCGAUACUUCCUAGCAAUGAUAAUUUUGCACUUUUCAGUUGCCAUGGACAAUUUUCAUCCCUUUGUAGGGUGGUCCAUCACAGGCACAGACUUGUCACUACUACUCUCCAACAAGAACUGACGGCUGAGGAGAAUGACUUGAUUCUCUGGUUAAAGUGAAUGGAACUUUCUAAGUGGAACCAAAGUUCGUCCUGGGUUGGAAAAGACAGACAGUUUGUGCUGUAAUCUACCAAGAAUAUGUCACAUUUGUUGGAUUGCUGCCAAGCGGGUAAACGUUGUAUUGUUUUGGUGUUUAGCAGAACAGAAUGCAUACGGGAAUGCAAAAUGUGUUGGAAAAUGCAGGUGACGCAUUUAAGUCUUCACAAACAGGUCCUUUCUUUCGGGGCUUUAGGUUCAGUUAGAAUUCAGUAUUUAUUGCCAUUUUGUUGUCUAGAAAUUACAAUUAGUCAAAUUGAGCAGACGUUUUUUUUUUCACCUUUAUUGUUUUGUCUUUUACAUGUGGUUUUCGAGUUGGUGUAACGUGCCUUACCAGCCUUCCUGCAGUGCCCACUACAGUAAGAUUUUUCCCAUGGCUUGUUUUUCUGAGCCAUAAAUUAAAGUCACACUUCAGGGGAGCAGGUUCUCCUCUCACAUGGGUAUACAGGUGAAUAUGCUGACUGUGAAUCUGAACACAGCAGAGUAUUUCAAAGCACCUAAAGUACAAUAACUCUGGAAGGCCUUUAUUUAUGUGUGUCAGCGCACAAAGUAUUUAUUGUGGAAAUGUGUGGAUUUGUAUGAAAGAAUAAGAGUUUUUUUCUUUCAAAGUAAAUAUUUACUUGCAUGGAAAGUAACUUGCUGUCUUGGCUUUGCACAUAAACUUAUGCCAAAUACAAAUCUUCUGAGCAACUGUAA